UUACUUCCUCUUUCCAAGGUGAUAUGUUCAUUAAGCACCUGUUGUGUGCCACCGUGCCUGCCCUGCGACCGGGAGGACUAUGUCCCUGACCUCUUGAAGCUGCGGUCUUGUCUGGAGGACAGAGAGGCAGGCAGGCAGGUGAUGGCAGCACACUUUGUGGGAAGAGGCAGAGUAGAAAGUAGUUUCAGUAAAUAAAUUAAUGGAGAUAAACGUGUAUUCUCUCAGGCCAACAGUGCAGCAUCUCCCCAUUCGCAGACACACGGGGACAGGUAAACAUUUAACCAAAUGCAGGGCUGGACACUGACAAGGACCAGGCCCUGGCCAUAUUCCACGUGGGGUGUCUGGGCUGCCCCAGCCACUCUCCGCACCCCUGGCUAUCCCACCACAGCCCUUUGUCCCUGUGCCAUGGAUCAGCAGGACACCCAGGCCCACUGCAGGCCAGCUGGUACUAACCUUACAGACUGGGCUCUACUUUUGAGAGGCAUCUGCUCCAGAUGCCAGGAGUCCUCCCCUCGCCCGACCCAUUAUCUCCUCUGGAUCAACUGCAGUGCCUUCAGAUGCCCCGGAUCUGCCCUUUCAAGGCCAGCAUCACUGUGCCACGCCAGUCCCAGGGCACCUGAGCUGGGUCAGGGGCACUGUAUCUCUCCCGUUAGAAAAGCCCCCCACCCCUGUGGGGGCACCUGGCUGGCUUCCUGGGUAGACCAUGUAACUCUUGAUCUCAGGGUCAUGAGUUCAAGUCUCAUGUUGGGCAUGGAGCCUACUUUUAAAAAAAGGAAAGAGAAAGAAAAGCCCUCCCCUGCAAAACAGAUAUGCUGCCUGCUGUGUUACUGACAGGAGUAUAAAACUCCCACAGUGGGGAAUUUUGUGAUAUCCACCAAAUUGCCUGUAUGGUUGCUUCUUGACCCAGUAGUUCUAUUUCUGGGAAUCUACAUUUGUGCAAUGCUAUUGAAAGCACCAUUGUUUGCAAUGGAAGACUGGAAAGCCCCAGUGUUCAUCCAUAGGGGUGUAAUUAGAUGAACGUCGGUACAUCGACAUAAUGGAAUCGAAUACAGGCCUUUAAAAAAUGGGCAAGUUUCCUAGGUCCUAGAUGUUGCAUGGUAUGCAGAAUAUGUUUUUUUUAUUUUUUUUAAGUUUUAUUUAUUUUAUUUAUUUUAGACAUAGAGAGAGAGAGAGAGAGAGAGGCAGAGACACGGAGGAGAGAGAAGCAGGCUCCAUGCAGGGAGUCUGACGUGGGACUCCAGGAUUGCUCCCUGGGCCAAAGGGAGGCACUAAGCCGCUGAGCCACCCAGGGAUCCCCCAGAAUAUGUUUCUAAGUGAAAAAAAGAUGUGAAAUUACAGGGCAUCCAUGUUCCCUAGGAGGGUGGCAGGUGGGCAUCUGGGUCAUGCCCAGGAGGGUGGCCGGGGAUCCCCCAACCCCGGUAGCUGAGGCCAGCCUCUUAGACAGCCUCGGGGGGGGGGGGAGGUGGGAGAGGCUCACUGGAGACAGACCACCCGCAGGCAUAGGACGUGCAGAAGCCCUAGUCAUCCAGCGUGGCCUUCAGGGGCUCGAAAAGAGGAGUCUGCCGACACCCAACUUCCCAUGGCUUUCCAGCUUGGGCAAGAGCCAGCGCCUCUCUAAAGGAACAGAUCAUCUGGGCCCUGAGCCGCAGGCCUCAGCCAUGAAGCCCCAUCCUAGGCCAGAGGAGGCCCGGAGGCCAGCCUCGGACAUCCGUGUGUUCGCCAGCAGCUGCACGUUGCACGGGCUGGGCCACAUCUUUGGCCCUGGGGGCUUGACGCCUCGCCGAGGGUUGUGGGCUGCAGCCGUGCUCCUGUCACUAGCCACCUUCCUCUACCAGGUGGCCGAGCGGGUGCGCUACUACGGGGAGUUCCACCACGAGACGGCCCUGGACGAGCACGAAAGCCACCUGCUCACCUUCCCUGCCAUCACCCUGUGCAACAUCAACCCGCUGCGCCGCUCCCGCCUCACACCCAACGACCUGCACUGGGCCGGACCUGCGCUCCUGGGCGUGGAGCCUGCCGAGCACUCCGCCUUCCUGCGUGCCCUGGGCCGGUCCCCUGCGCCGCCCGGCUUCAUGCCCAGUCCCACCUUUGACAUGGCGCGACUGUACGCCAGGGCCGGGCACAGCCUGGAGGACAUGCUGCUGGACUGUCGCUACCGAGGCUGGCCGUGCGGGCCCGAGAACUUCACCGUGAUCUUCACCCGGAUGGGUCAGUGCUACACCUUUAACUCUGGCGCAGAUGGGGCCGAGCUUCUCACUACUCCCAAGGGCGGCAUGGGCAAUGGGCUGGAGAUCAUGCUGGAUGUGCAGCAGGAUGAGUAUCUGCCUGUGUGGAGGGACAUGGAGGAGACCCCGUUCGAGGUGGGGGUCCGAGUGCAGAUCCACAGUCAGGAGGAGCCGCCCACCAUCGACCAGCUGGGCUUCGGGGCAGCCCCUGGCUACCAGACCUUCGUGUCCUGCCAGCAGCAGCGACUGAGCUUCCUGCCACCGCCUUGGGGCGACUGCAGCUCCGCUUCUGUGGACCCCGAUUUUGAGCCCGAACCUUCUGGUCCCCUGGGGGCCCCCAGCCCCAGCCCAGGUCCCCACCCGCCCUAUAGUCUAAUGGGGUGUCGCUUGGCCUGUGAGACGCGCUAUGUGGCUCGGAAAUGUGGCUGCCGAAUGAUGCAUAUGCCUGGCGGCGCGCCCGUGUGCAGCCCGCAGCAGUACAAGGACUGCGCCAACCCGGCGCUCGACGCCAUGCUGCGGAAGGACGCGUGCACCUGCCCCAACCCGUGCGCCAGCACGCGCUACGCCAAGGAGCUCUCCAUGGUGCGGAUCCCGAGCCGCGCCGCCGCCCGCUACCUGGCCCGGAAACACAACCGCAGCGAGGCCUACAUCGCAGAGAACGUGCUGGUGCUGGACAUCUUCUUUGAGGCCCUCAACUAUGAGACCGUGGAGCAGAAAAAGGCCUAUGAAGUGUCAGAACUGCUUGGUGACAUUGGGGGCCAGAUGGGGCUGUUCAUCGGGGCCAGCCUGCUCACCAUCCUCGAGAUCCUGGACUACCUCUGUGAGGUGUUCCGAGACAGGGUCCUGGGAUACUUCCAGAACCGAAAGCACUCCCAAAGGCAUUCUAGCACCAAUCUGCUUCAGGAAGGGCUGGGCAGCCACCGAACCCCAGGUCCCCACCUCAGCCUGGGCCCCAGGCCUUCCACUCCUCCCUGUGCUGUUGCCAAGACUCUGUCUGCCUCCCACCGCACCUGCUACCUCGUCACCCGGCUCUAGACCUGGCGUCUGUGCCUUCAGGGCUGUACCCUGACAUCCUGGACAUGCCCCGCCUGCUUAUGUCUCUGCCAUCUUCACCCCAAAUA